AAGGAGCUAAUUUCUCUCCUUCUUUCUCCCACCAAAAAAAAUCCAACCAAAUCUCUCGAUCUCAUCGAUGAAGAUGAACAAGAAGAACCCAGAUCAGAAACCAGAUAUGUCGUCUUCUUCAUCUUCUACCCUCUUCAUAUCAUCCUUAAUCAUCCUCUGGUACACCUCCAACAUCGGUGUUCUUCUCCUCAACAAGUUCCUCCUCUCCAAUUACGGAUUCAAAUUCCCCAUUUUCCUCACAAUGUGUCACAUGUCCGCUUGCGCAAUCCUCAGCUACGUCUCCAUCGUCUUCCUCAAGCUCGUCCCUCUCCAAUACCUCAAAUCUCGUUCUCAGUUUCUCAAGGUUGCGACUCUCAGCAUUGUCUUCUGUGCCUCCGUCGUCGGUGGGAACAUCUCUCUUCGUUAUCUCCCUGUCUCGUUUAAUCAAGCCGUUGGUGCUACGACGCCGUUUUUCACUGCUCUCUUCGCUUAUACCAUGACCGAUAAGAAAGAAGUUUGGGUCACUUACUGUGCUCUCGUCCCCGUUGUUACCGGUGUCGUUAUCGCCAGUGGGGGUGAACCGGGUUUUCACUGGUUUGGAUUCAUUAUGUGCAUUAGUGCUACUGCUGCAAGAGCUUUUAAAUCUGUUCUUCAAGGCAUCUUACUGUCAUCGGAGGCAGAAAAGUUGAAUUCGAUGAAUUUGAUGCUGUACAUGUCUCCGAUAGCCGUCAUCACUCUUCUGCCUGUCACAAUUGUUAUGGAGCCGGAUGUGAUGAGUGUGACACUAUCGCUCGGAAGACAACAUAAGUACAUGUGGUUACUUCUGCUGGUUAACUCUGUAAUGGCUUAUUCAGCCAACUUGUUAAACUUUCUGGUAACCAACCACACAAGCCCACUUACCCUCCAGGUCCUUGGAAAUGCUAAAGGAGCGGUUGCGGUUGUGAUCUCAAUCCUGCUUUUCCGAAACCCGGUAACGGUGAUGGGAAUUGGCGGGUACAGUAUAACUGUUCUCGGGGUUGUUGCUUAUGGAGAAACUAAACGCAGACAACACUCUUAUCUUCACCGCUAUUUUCGUCUCAUGGCUUCUCGUCCUCGUCUCUUCUCUCACUCUUCGUAUCCUUCACUUCACCGUCAUUCCUCAUCUCUCACCUCUUCAACACCCAGGAUAAAGUUUCAGUUAGCCAAUGUUUUUAGUCAAAGACUUAUACAAAGAAAUGCGGUCUCACCUAAGAGUUUUAUGUCAUCGACCAUGGAGUCUCUCCAAGAGAGCUCUACCUCUAAGGAUUAUAGUUCCGAGCACAUCCAAGUGUUGGAAGGCUUAGACCCUGUCAGGAAAAGACCUGGAAUGUAUAUUGGUAGCACAGGAUCUCGUGGUUUGCACCAUCUGGUUUAUGAGAUCCUUGACAACGCCAUUGAUGAGGCCCAAGCUGGUUUUGCUUCAAAGAUCGACGUUGUUUUACAUUCAGAUGAUUCAGUCAGUAUUUCAGACAAUGGACGUGGGAUACCCACAGAUUUGCAUCCUGCAACGGGAAAAUCGGCUUUGGAAACUGUCCUUACGGUCUUACAUGCAGGGGGUAAGUUUGGUGGCAAGAGUAGUGGGUACAGCGUGUCUGGUGGAUUGCAUGGCGUAGGUUUAUCGGUUGUGAAUGCAUUGUCAGAGGCAUUGGAGGUUAUUGUUCGCAGAGAUGGGAUGGAGUUUCAGCAGAAGUAUUCUCGUGGAAAGCCUGUAACAACACUUACAUGUCAUGUCCUCCCACCAGAGUCAAGGGGGACUCAAGGGACAUGCAUCCGGUUUUGGCCUGACAAAGAAGUAUUCACAACUGCAAUUCAAUUCGACCAUAACACUAUUGCUGGACGAAUUAGGGAGCUUGCUUUUCUAAAUCCAAAGGUUACAAUCUCUCUAAAAAAGGAGGAUGAUGAUCCAGAAAGGGACUUGUAUAGUGAAUAUUUUUAUGCUGGAGGGUUAACUGAAUAUGUUAGCUGGCUAAAUACUGAUAAGAAACCGCUUCAUGAUGUGCUGGGUUUCAGAAAAGAGAUAAAUGGCUCCACCGUUGACGUUUCACUUCAGUGGUGCUCAGAUGCCUAUUCAGACACGAUGCUGGGAUACGCGAAUAGUAUUCGGACCAUUGAUGGUGGGACACAUAUAGAAGGUGUGAAGGCUUCAUUAACAAGAACUCUAAAUUCCCUUGCGAAAAAGUUAAAGGUUAUCAAGGAAAAGGAUAUUAGCUUAAGUGGGGAACAUGUUAGGGAGGGAUUGACCUGCAUUGUCUCAGUCAAGGUUCCUAACCCUGAGUUUGAAGGUCAAACUAAGACAAGACUAGGAAAUCCAGAGGUGAGAAAAAUUGUUGAUCAAUCAGUCCAGGAAUACCUCACGGAGUACUUGGAAUUGCAUCCGGAUGUACUUGAAAGCAUUAUUUCCAAAUCCUUGAAUGCGUACAAGGCUGCUCUGGCUGCCAAGAGGGCUAGGGAGUUGGUGAGAUCAAAAAGCGUUUUGAAGUCAUCCUCACUUCCUGGGAAACUUGCAGAUUGCUCAUCUACAGAUCCUGCAGAAUCUGAGAUAUUCAUUGUCGAAGGAGAUUCUGCUGGUGGCAGCGCGAAACAGGGUCGUGACAGGCGUUUCCAGGCGAUUCUUCCUUUGAGAGGUAAAAUUUUGAAUAUUGAGAGAAAGGAUGAAGCAGCAAUGUAUAAGAACGAAGAAAUUCAAAAUCUAAUUCUUGGCCUUGGUCUUGGAGUUAAGGGAGAAGAUUUUAACAAGGAGAAUCUGCGUUACCAUAAAAUUAUCAUCUUAACAGAUGCAGAUGUUGAUGGUGCACAUAUCCGGACACUUCUGUUGACCUUUUUCUUCAGAUAUCAGAGAGCCUUGUUUGACGCGGGUUGCAUAUAUGUUGGUGUUCCACCUCUUUUCAAGGUUGAGAGGGGGAAACAGGCGCACUAUUGCUACGAUGAUGCAGCCCUUAAAAAAAUUACCGCUUCGUUCCCUGGAAACGCAUCUUACAACAUUCAGAGGUUCAAAGGUUUGGGUGAGAUGAUGCCUGCGCAGCUAUGGGAAACAACAAUGAACCCAGAUACAAGGAUAUUGAAGCAACUAGUUGUUGAGGACGCAGCAGAAACGAAUAUGGUCUUCUCAUCUCUGAUGGGUGCUCGGGUGGAUGUCAGGAAGGAACUCAUCAAAAGCGCUGCGACUAGGAUGAAUCUGGAGAAUCUCGACAUAUAACACAGCUUAUUGCGUCAGCUAUAUACAAACAACAAAGAGACGAAUUUGGUGAAGUGCAAAGGGAGUUUAAGAGACAUCAUCAUUUUAAGGUUGAAUCAUAUACUCACAGGCCAACAGGAUUUUGUUCUUCUUCUGGCCUAUAAAGACAAAAAUCAUUG